ACAAUUAUUUUCGUGUCUUAUAUUUUUCGUGGUCUGCUUUAUAGUAUAUAAAAUAAUAAACGUUUAUUAUUUGUAAUAUUUCACAGCGGAAGUGUUUAUCAGUGGCAUUAUGGCGUCCCGAUUGGCAAUCUUGUGGCGCACCUCGCUAAAAAAAAGACCCGUGAUCACCAAUACCGUGGUUUAUGCUACAUUCUACACAGCGGCUGAACUGUCACAGCAAACUUUUAAUAAGAUCUAUUCGCCGGAAAAGCCUGAGAUAGAUAUAACCUCCGCAGGCCGUAUUGCAGCCGUUGGUAGCUGCUUGUAUGCACCUACCCUUUACUACUGGUAUAAGUUCCUGGAUAGAAAAUUCGUCGGGACAGCCGUCAAGUCAGUUGCUACGAAGGUCGUUUCUGAUCAGUUACUCAUGACUCCAGUAUUGCUUGCUGCAUUCUAUACAAUACUAGGAGUCCUCGAGCGAAAAGAAGACGUGUUCGAAGAUCUAAGAGACAAGUAUUGGAAAACAUUCAUCGCAAAUCAAGCUUUCUGGAUUCCUGGACAGAUUAUAAACUUUGCAUUUGUUCCGUCUAAUUUACGGGUCGUUUAUGUAGCGUCAGCUUCUUUCAUAUGGAUUAAUGUUCUUUGUUUUAUAAAGAGACAAAAAGUUGUUAAAAAUAUUGAGUAAGUUGUUAAGUUGAAUUGAUUGUUCUGUAGAUCUUGAUACCAGCUCGAUGAUACAGGCAAUUAUUGAACGUAACUUUAUUCAUUGCACUGAAAAUCAGUACCCUUAGUACGAGUUUGACAGUUAACUUCAAGUAAUUUACUUUCGGUUUUCUUUUCAUACAAAUCCUAUCAGCGCCCCAAGCGUAAACGCAGAGGAACUAAAAUCAAUAGUACGAGUUUUUAUAAUUAACGUUAUCGAGUUUGAAGUCGAAAUAACGGGCGGUU